AGUCUGCAGCAGUCUGUGACGGUCUGCAGCUCCAUCCGGAUCUGAUGGGUCCUCUGGUGGUCGUCCCCAUCCUGGCCGGCCUGAACGGCGUCCUGGGCAUCUGGACCGUGUUUGGAGUGGCCUGGUUGAGUGGGACGGUGGAUCUGACAGAGCAUUUUCCGUACAUCAGUACCUGUGGAGACAAACCUCCUGCCAGCUGCUGGUUCUCUCAGGUCUGCAAUAACGGCUGUAUCCUUGCUCUGAUAUUCGAGACUCUGCGGUUCCGAUGUCUGAAGGAUUGUCCAAAGUGCUCCCGCCAUCUCAACUUCGCCAGCUUCGGUUUGGGAAUCGUCUCCUCCGUGGGAUUAUCCGUCACCGGAAACUUCCAGGUCUCAUCCAUCCAAUGGGUUCAUUACGUCGGUGCGUUUCUGGGGUUUGUUGGUGGCCUGGCCUACCUCUGGAUCCAGCUGUUCCUCAUCAGCAACCAGAUCCUGAAAUAUUGUGGAUUGGCUCUGUGCUGCGUCUGCACCGUUCUGCUCUGCUGCCUGGUGGGCUUCCAUUUCUCUCAUCAUUACCACGCCGCCGCCAUCUGUGAGUGGACGCUGGCCUCGCUGUUCUUCCUGCUCUACCCGCUCUUUGUGUUCGAGUUUGCAGACAUUAAAUGCAAACUCAUCAUAAAGGGUUGUGGCAGCCACAGCUCCGCCGAGGCUCAGUACAAACCAGGAGACCCGGAGCCAGAGACGCCGCUCUGACCACCCGCCUCUCUGUCACCAUGGAAACAUUCCCGCGUUCAGGUCUCUGUGGGUCAAAGGGUCACUGAAGUGACCCGGGUCCGGUUUGAGCUGAAGCUCACCUUCAUCACUGUUGUGCUGAACAGAUGCAUUUACAAAAAUAUUACUACCAAUAAAA